AUGGCGCUUCUAGGAGAACAACGUAGUGGAAAUAUCAAAGGUGUCCGUGCUAGACAGAAAAUCAAUUACGACAAAUCUCUUAUCUACUUUAGCCCUAACACAAAGCAGGAAGAUCGUAGGCUUAUUCGUGAAGUCUUUAAUGUAUAUGAGAAAGAUAACCCGAGUGUCUAUCUUGGACUCCCUCUCUUGGUGAGGAGAAGUAAAAUAGGAGCGUUCAGGUUUAUUAGAGACAAGGUUGACAAACGAAUCAAUGGACUGACGAAGAAUAUUCUCUCAUUUGCAGGACGCGAGGUUUUUCUCAAGUUGGUUACCCAAGCACUUCCUACUUAUGUCAUGUCAUGUUGUCUUCUUCCGGAUGGGGUGAUUGAAGGGAUCAUGACAUGUAUAAGAGCUUAUUGGUGGUCGGGGAAACGUGCUUCUAGAGGAUAG